UACCACGGCCUAGGUGUAAACUCAGGUCACUUCUGCUUAUAUGUUUAGUUGUUAUACUGUUAGUACAAAUUUCCAAUUCAGAAAGAGCUGCACGCCGAAGGCUGCGGCGUCCAUUAAAAUCAUCAUCGCAAAGAGUAGCAGUGUCCAAAGACCAGGAAGUAGCGCCAAGCGUAAGCAAAUUCAGAAGAACUAGACCAGGACACAAAAAACCAUCAGACAAUGAUGUUAGCGCAUCCACGACCAAGAAGGAUAAAGAUGGCUACAAAGUUGUAUGCUACUACACAAAUUGGUCACAAUACAGGGUCAAAGUUGGUAAAUUUACCCCAGAAGAUAUCUUGCCCGACUUGUGCACACACGUUAUCUUUGCUUUCGGCUGGUUGAAGAAGGGCAAGCUUUCGUCGUUUGAAAGCAAUGAUGAAACCAAAGAUGGAAAAGUCGGUUUAUACGAAAGGAUCCAGAAACUAAAGAAAGGCAACCCUAAUUUAAAAACUCUGUUGGCUAUUGGUGGUUGGUCCUUUGGAACGAAAAAGUUUAAGGACAUGUCCAGCACUAGGUAUGCACGACAAACGUUCAUUUUCAGCGCAAUUCCAUUCCUGAGAGAUAGAGGCUUUGAUGGUCUUGAUCUGGAUUGGGAAUAUCCAAGUGGGACGGCUGAUAAGAAAAACUUUGUCUUAUUAUUAAAAGAAUUGCGUGAAGCAUUUGAAGCAGAAGCACAGGAAAUCAAAAAGCCUACACUGCUUCUUUCCGCUGCAGUACCAGUAGGUCCUGAUAAUAUCAAAGGGGGAUACGACGUUCCUGCGGUGGCCUCCUAUUUAGAUUUCAUUAAUGUGAUGGCGUACGAUUUCCAUGGAAAAUGGGAAAAAGAAACUGGCCAUAACGCUCCACUAUAUUCGCCCAAAUCAGACAGUCAGUAUCAGAAGCAGUUGAAUGUGGAUCAUGCUUCCAAUUUGUGGGUAAAGUUGGGCGCUCCCAAAGAAAAACUUGUCAUCGGUAUGCCAACGUAUGGUAGGUCUUUUAAGCUCUCUAAUCCUGCUAAACACGGAGUUCAUGCACCUGCAAGCGCCGGUGGUAACGAAGGAAAAUAUACGAAAGAAUCCGGAUUUUUAGCAUACUAUGAGAUCUGUGAGAUGUUGAGGAACGGCGCUACAUAUCACUGGGACGAUGAAAUGAAGGUACCUUAUUUGGUAGACGGAGACCAGUGGGUAGGAUUUGACGAUGAAAAAUCAAUACGAUAUAAAAUGAAGUGGGUGAAGGAAAGCGGAUUUGCUGGCGCUAUGGUUUGGACCGUGGACAUGGACGAUUUUAGUGGAACUGUGUGUGGAGGCGAUAUAAAAUAUCCUUUAAUUGGCGCCAUGAGAGAAGAGCUCAGAGGUAUUUCAAGAGGAAAAGACGCCAAAGACAUCGACUGGCAAGCCAUUGCUGGAGCUGACGAAGAAGAGGAGGAAGAGGAGGAAGUAGUUGAAAAACCAAAGCCAAUGAAAAUUGGAGUCUCGGAAGUCUUGAAGCGCGCUAGGAAACCAGGGAAAAAAUCCCAUAAAAAUUCUAUCAACAAGAAAGUACGAAAACCCCAAGUAUUUUGCUACAUGACCAGCUGGUCUCAAAAACGACCAGGUGCAGGCAAGUUCACGCCCGAAGACAUCAACCCAGCCUUGUGUACCCACAUAGUAUACGCUUUCGCCACUCUUGAUGAUCACAAGCUAGCUGAAGGGAGUGAUAAAGAUCCAGAGAUGUAUGAAAGAGUUGUGGCUUUGAGGGACAAAAAUCCCGACUUAAAGAUCCUGUUGGCGAUUGGUGGAUGGGCAUUUGGGUCGACUCCAUUCAAAGAUCUUACCAGCAAUGUUUUCAGGAUGAAUCAGUUUGUUUACGACGCCAUAGAUUUUCUGAGGGAAUAUAAAAUGAAUGGUUUGGAUGUGGACUGGGAAUACCCUAGAGGUGCAGAUGAUCGUGUUUCAUACGUAUCAUUACUGAAGGAACUGCGUGUGGCCUUUGAAGGUGAAGCAAAAACUAGUGGUCAACCUCGAUUGCUUCUUACUGCAGCUGUGCCUGCCUCAUUUGAAGCCAUAGCGGCUGGUUAUGAUGUACCAGAAAUUUCAAAAUACCUUGAUUAUAUUAAUGUGAUGACGUACGAUUUCCAUGGACAAUGGGAAAGAACUGUAGGUCACAACAGCCCGCUUUUCCCGUUGGAGAGCGCCACAAGCUACCAGAAGAAACUGACAGUGGAUUAUUCUGCAAGAGAGUGGGUGAAACAAGGAGCCCCAAGAGAAAAGUUGAUGAUUGGUAUGCCCACAUAUGGUCGAAGCUUCGAGCUGGUUAACACCACUCAGUUCGAUAUUGGAGCUCCAGCUAGCGGCGGUGGACAGGCUGGAAAAUACACGUCGGAAGCUGGUUUCAUGAGCUUCUAUGAAGUUUGCGACUUCCUGCACGAAGAUAACGUAACUCUAGUCUGGGAUAAUGAACAGCAAGUUCCAUUUGCCUACAAAGACAAUCAGUGGGUUGGAUUUGACGAUGAAAGAAGUCUUAAAACAAAAAUGGCCUGGUUGAAAGAGGAAGGUUUUGGAGGCAUCAUGAUUUGGUCGGUUGAUAUGGACGAUUUUAGAGGAUCUUGUGGAAGUGGCAAAUAUCCCCUUAUAAAUGCGAUGAGGCACGAAUUGGAAGGUUAUAAAGUGAAACUUGAGUUUGAAGGGCCUUAUGAAACAAACGUUGGGUCAGGCCAAUAUACUACUAAAGACCCUAACGAAAUAACUUGUGACGAGCAGGAUGGUCAUAUCAGUUAUCACCCGGAUAAGGCCGACUGUAAAAUGUAUUAUAUGUGUGAAGGUGAAAGAAAACAUCAUAUGCCGUGUCCGGUAAACUUGGUUUUCAACCCCAACCAAAACGUCUGUGAUUGGCCCGAAAAUGUUGAAGGGUGCCAAGAAUUUACCCCUGCUCCCCCGACUAGAAGAUAAGUUUAAAACUCGAUAUAAAGCGUCCAAAUUUCCAAACGGUUGUGAGUUAAGUUGGUGACUACACAAAUGUAUUUUUGCUUUUCAUUUGUUUUAAGUCAUAUUUCUAUGUUUCGAGGCUGAAACUACAUGGCAUUAUCUUGAAAGCAUUUAUAUUCGAACUUUUCUUAUGUAAAAGGAAGAAAGUUUUCAUUUCCAAAUCAUUAAUAAGCGAUAAAAGACCAAACAUCACUGAAUUGUCGGAUAUUUUAGUACUUUUUGUUUGCCAUAUCAGUCUAACGGCAUUCUGAUUCUUACCUGAAAAAAAUUACUUUCAAAUAUAUGCAAAGCGGGAUGUUCGAGUGUGGUUUAGAAGUUGUUAUAGUCUACAAUUCAUCAGCUAGUGACUGAGUUUCGUAGAAACCAAGCAUUGCAAAUCGAUUUAGAAAAGCAAACCAACUUACAAUUUUUUGAUGCAAGCUAAAAUCGAGGAAUCUGCAAUAGUGAAUCUAAUAUUAAAUAUUAGGUUCUAGUCUCGCUAAUUCUAAUGAAAAUUUAUUUAAAAAUGAGCCAUGAUUUUUUAACAAAUUGCCCAAUACUAAUGCGUUGUAACUGUAAAUUAAAAAAAAAUUGGAUCUAACAAUAAAAUCACUGCCAUAUUUUAUUUGCCCGAUAUACAAAAAUCUCUAAAUUUUCAUCUCGAAAUUGUUUCCGAUUUCAAUUCUCUAGCAAUGUUGCAAAUAAUUUAAUUUAUAUGUCACGUUAUAUAUUUCUUUUUGGGUAGGUAUUACCUGGAUGUCUAUGAAAAAUAUUUUUGAUAUUUAUGCAAUAUUUAUAGAUUAAUUAUGGCUAAGUAUUUCUAAUUUUAAUUGUAUUGUAUAUUUAGGUGAUAGGAUAGGAAUAGGUUGUAAAUAUAGGAUUUUUUAAUAAAGAGUUUUGAAAUAGUAAAA